AUGAAAAAAUUUGAUGUAUCGAACUCUGAAAGUCGGGUUGUGUCAUUCUCUCCUCCAUUUCGAGUCGCUCCUCUCCUUCUUCCAUCUCGAUUACGGCGGCUCCUCCUCUCCAGCGGACAAUUUCAGGCGGCUGCAUCUCCUCUCCUCUCCAACGGUCUUAGUGCCGUGUCUCAGUCCUCUCCAACGGGACAAUUUCCGGCGGCAGAUCUUCUCUCCUUUCCAACGGGAUUUGAGGAGAGAGUAGCAAUGCUCAAGGGCUCCAAGGGCAAGUGUGAGUCUCCAUCUCACAAGCUCUUGAAGGAAAAAACAAAGACUCGAUUGGAAGACCUUCAAGGGAUGCUCACCAAUGUUCAGGCUGCCAAGAAAGAGAGUGGAACUGAUGACAUUGUAAUCUUGGUGGAACAAGCGAAUCAGAUGGUUCGGGAGUGGAGGGCCGAACUCAAUGAGCCGUCCUCAGCAUCUUCUCUACUGGGUGGUAGCCUUGGAUCAUUUUGCGAGGAGGAGUUAGCUCGGGUCUUGAAACACUUAGAUGAGGAAGAUGAUGCAACAAGUCCAUUAAAGCAAUUGCCACCAUCUAUGCCAGAAUCCGAUCUUCUAAACCUUCAUUCGAGUAAUAUGUUGGCAUUUAAAGAGGAACCUGAAGAAGAUAUAUUUCAAGGAUUUGACCAAUGCUACACUGCUUCCAAUUUGCAGAAUACAAUGGUUGAUAACUCAGAUUUAACUACUCAAUUAAAAUAUCAUCACUUUGAUUUUCAUGAAGACUUAGAUGAAGGGCUUUUCAUUGAGGGCAACAAUAUCACGCAGUCUGAAGAGGAUGUUGUGCCAAAUGUUCUGCCAGAUAUAUGUCCUCCAGUAUCUGCUUUCUUGGGGCCAAAAUGUGCUUUUUGGGAGUGUUCCAGGCCCGCAUCAAAUAGGUGCCAGAACUAUUGCAGUAGUGGUCAUGCUCUUUUGGCACUAAAUGAAGGUCUUCUUGGAAGGCCUCCAAUUUUGCGACCUGGAGGCAUUGCUUUGAAGGAUAGUUCACUUUUUGCCGCACUUAAUGCUAAGACACAGGGGAAGGAUGUGGGAAUCCCCAAUUGUGAAGGGGCUGCUAACUCUAAAAUGGAAUCCAUGGAAUGCUUGCCUGGUUAG